UGGCGUGCCUCACUGUAGGACCUUACCCAUAUAGAAUAGAAACUGACCGUCAGCAUAAAACAAUUGUGGACCAGUCCUCUAGAAUUGAAUCUAUUGUUUUAUAUUCCGGUAGCGACAGUUCAUUGUGACAUAGCGGUCCUUAAUUGUGUUGUAACAAUAGCUGAUUGUUCUGUUAAAUCCCAAAGUAAACACUUGAAUUGUUGCCAAGUUUUGGGACCGCAAGUGCUUCUCUACUGUUUUACGACAUAUCUUGGUUUAGGUGCAUGAAACAAAUUUAGCUUAGCUUGAAAAUGAAGUCAAAUGUGAUGUAUAGAUAUAUAUUUUAGGUACAUUUUCUGCAACUUAAACUUAGAUUAAGUUUUUAAUUUUUUUUUAAAAUGAAGACCAUUUUGUCAUAUACAUAGGUUGUAACUUUUGUGUUAAAACUGACCAAAAAAUUAAAAAAAAUGACUUUAAACUUAUUUUUGUUUCUUUUAUUAAAAAGAGCCCAGUUUACUGUUAGUUUAGUUACAAUAAUAUAUUUAUGUGGAAGACUGGAUUCUGGAAUCUAGAAUUACAAUGGAAACUUUUCUUUAUCAUUCCAUUAUUACACAACAAUGAAAAACAACCGGAAUUCUGGAGAAUCUGUUUACAUCCCUAAACCUACUCGAUUGCCGGGGAUUCCCCAAAACCGGAACCCUUUAAAAGACCGUCAGAAGCUGCCACAAGAGGGAGGUGUUGAGGAGGGAAAACUUUACCGAAUCAACGCUAGUUAUAGAGCCAGGGACGAGCCAGGGGAUUCCCCUGGUGUGAGAGGAUCAUCUAUCACGAAACCGACACCCCCAAAAACUGUGACGUUGAAAUUUAACAGAGAACCGACAAGAAACCGUGAAAAUCUAAAAAGUAUCGAAAAACGGACGAAUAAUUCAGAAAGUCGGAAGAAAUUAUUAAAACCAACGACCACUUAUAAACCUGUUCCUAAAAAUGGUGAAAAAGUUUACGAUACGACAGCGUUGACGUCUAAAGUUUACCCGAACGAUGUUUUGGCUUCGCUUAGAAAGUUGAGUUUGAUUGAACCUUUCUUGGGUAAAAGUAAGAGUUUUUAUGAAAAUGAAAAUAAAGAGAAAUCGGUUGAAAAUCCAAGUGAUAGUGGGUUAGGUACGUUGGCUUCUUCUGAUCAUGUGAAUAUGGAUAAACCGGCAAAACGAGUCGCAUUCCAAGAAAAACUAAACAAUUUCCUGAGUCCGAGGCUGAGUCAGCAUAACUCGAGUUUCGACAAAAAUGAAAUAGCAAAGUCGUUGUCUCGGACUCUACUCUGUGAUGAAAUGUACAUUGAUGAUGUCAUAAUGACCGGUGAUGCGAAUCCUGUAACCAUAGCAACCUCUUCGUCCUCGGUUGUCGGUAGCAACGAGCGGAAGUCAAGUUACAUUACCCCACCAACUGCAACCCUCGUCGAUAUUUCCACCGGGGGCGUAGUGGAGCACACAGAGAUAUUUGAUGAUGAUGUCAUAAUAGAGAACAAUCAUCAGUUCCGUUGUGCCCCACCCUCGUUUUAUUACAAUCGUAAAAUCAAAAGAAAAAAACAAGAAGACGAAAGUGAGAGAGAUGCUUUAAAAAGCCAAGCAAGAGAACAUAUCCGCUCGAUACUAAACUCAACAUCAUCUGAUAAAACAAUUCAACUUGAACCAAAACAAUCAACCUAUCAUGACAUCACAAAGACAAUUUUUACAAAAAAAUCAGAAAAAUCCAACUCAGAAAAAUCUCGACCAAUCAGUGUCUCAUCCUCCAUGACAUCAUCAUCUCUAUCGUCCAAUGAGAAGCUCCCACGGGGGCCGAACCCGACCCCCUCAUUAGAGCACCACCGUUUCCAGAUCUUUCCCACUUCCGUCCCCCAUACCUACCAUGCUUACACCUCAUCCUCCUCCCAACCCACAGUGAUAAACAUGGAGGAAUUCCUCCGGAGCAACGUAAACGCGAUGCGGAUCAAAAGAAUGAAAUCUAAGAUCGCGAUGAACCGGAAAACUCCUCGUACGAUCUCACGGGACAAAAAUGGUCGCCGGUCCCGAACUAUGACCAACGGGUGCUCGCUAAACAUAAGCGCGGCUAAACUUUUUGACACUGAUGAUGUCAUACCUGAUGAUGUCAGAAAUGGUGAUGUCAUAACUGAUGAUGUCACAACUGAUGUGGGAGAAACUUCCAAUGAUGAUGAAGUCAUUCGUGAUGUCAUAAAUCAUGUGACAAAUCCCAACCAAUCCGAGGAUCACGAAAAUUCCAAAAAAUUAACGGAAGAUAAUUCUAGAAUAAAGCCAUCAAUGACAAAACAACCUCUGCAAGCUUUGUCUAUUACAUCACAAAGGUCCGCUACCUAUGAUGUCAUACAGAAACCUAUGGCAUCGGAAACAACACCAUUAACAAUCAGAAGACACUCUGGUGUGGGAAGAUUAAGCCCGCUGAAAGGAAUUCGUAUUUUACGGCGAAAAAUCUCAGUGAAACAAUAUGAUAACCCAGAACUAGAAGAUAAGCAAAGCUCAAUUGUGCUUCUGCUGAAAGGAUUAAAAACUCACGAUGAGGUUUAUAAGCUUAAUACUGCCACUAAUACAGACACUUCCAUGUCACCCUUGAGGAUAAUUAUCCCAGCUAAAAGUAUAGGGGAGGGGGAAGAAGGGACAGCUAGGUCUCGCAUAAUCCCGAGGUUUAAGUUAUCUUCCUUACCAAACUCGAAAAUAAUUUCGAAACCACUCAGUUCAAAUAUCACAGAGCGUGAGCGCCAGCUAGACGAUGUUACUGGCGUUUCCGUCGGUGAUUUUUCAAAAGUUCCGUUAAAUGUUGAAAAAAUGUUUGAAAACCAAAACUCAGGUUUCCAUAUUUUAAAGGAGGGCGGAGCACAGGGCUUGAAUUUCCUGGAUUCCCGGCGUUCCUCUGUAAAUGGGGAGGAAACGAGCCCACCCGAGCCAAAAGGCCCGAAGCGCCGCCGACGUGCACAGUUAGGCCGCAGUGAGGGCUCCAACGGUGAGGUUAAAGUGAAAAUAACAGCAGGGGGCGGGUUUAAGUCCAAUGUAGCGAGGUACAGCCUCCUAUUACGACAGAAAAACAACCUUCAGAAAAUAUAUGAGGACCAGGGGAAGCCCCAAAAGCAGGAAAAGUCGUCUUCAGACGAGGAAAAUGUUAUUUCUAUGGUCAAACUAAGGAGCGAUGAACCAGAACCGACCACAAUCGAAUGUUCGUCACGGUUACUCGGCCGCACAAGGUCACAGCUCAAAGUUUUGGACUUCCCCCAAAGUGAGACACUCCCGAACUACACAACUGAUUCCUUUGUUAGGGAAACCCCCCAAGAUGAUGACUUCAGCAAAAGAUCUGUGACAUCACCAGAGAAAACUCGCAUUCUAAGCUACAACAACUCCAUCAGUCCUUUCAAUUUCACCGAACACUUAAUCACAAGAUCACAUUCGAGUUUUAACCUUCUGCCGUCUAUACAGCAAAACUGGGGCGAUAUUGAUAAUGAAGACGGCAGUGGUCUCCCAGAGACAGGCACAGCAUCAUACAGACUAACGCACGAUGUAUCAUUUGAUGAGGGAAGCCGCUAUAAUGGUGGAUAUGCAUUCGCUGAUGAACAAAGAGUAUCAGCAUUAACAGGUGGGACCUCUGCCACAAGGAACAAAGCUAAUCUUACCUACCUCAACCAUGAGCAUCAAAAUCCAUCACAGACAAGGCUGGAAAAGGUGGAUCCCCCAACCCGAGAACGGCACACCCCAGUUACUUACAAGGAAACGAUGCCGUUGUCGUUAGUUAGGAUUGAAGAACGAUUGAGUUUUGACUCACCUCUUGGGCGCCACCCGACGUCUACUGGCUUCUCCAUACCCACCACCACACGAGGGCAGUCAGCACAAGGAGGGAAUCAUCCAUCCCCAUCCACCCCCAUCAAUAAUGGUGGGACAGUGACAACAUUUCGUCUUCAUAAGGAAAGACAGAACUGGAAUUAUAGAGCAGGAGACCUUAGUGUCAAUGGUGGGGGUUACUAUGGGUCAACACCCAUCCAGCCAGGUGGUCGAGCAGAACCAAGUGGUCUCGGUCCACUGAACAUCAGUCCUGCUUCAAAUUUUGCCCACAGGUUGGCAGCAUCGAGAGAUAAACAAAGCAGUGCUGCAAAAACGAGGUUAUCAAGCAGGUAUGGAAGUCGUAAUGAUGGUUCCCCUCAAUCUUAUGGCAACUCAAGCAACAAGGAUUCACAUUAUGCUGACCCUUGUAUAGCGGCGCCCCCAUCUUUCCAACAGCGUCUUACAGAACUAAGCAUACUAGAAUCAGACACAAUAAAAUAUGAACGUAAUCGGAAGUUAAAACGAAAGAAAAAUCAAGAUAAAGAUUCUUAACCAGAUUUCAACUCAUAUUGGGCUGCUGAAAUUUACAUUCUAAUUAACACAUAUUUUUGGCUAAAAAUUUGUAAUAGCACAGACAUGGACAUUACCCUACCACCAGAUAACACAUAAUUUGCACAUCUAGCUGCUUUUAGGUCAAGCAUACAUGGUUACUUACAAAAUUUUAUGUUUUUCGAUAAAUACUAUUUUUGUAUUCUGUAAGUUAAGUGCAGUUAUAUGUAUUGUUGUUUUCUUUAUCUUUUACACAUGCCCUCUGUGUUUUUCAAAGUUUUCUCUUAUGUUUUUAUGCAUUUAAAGUUCAAAACUCCACUGUUGGAAUAAAUCCAGUGUGAUUUGUGUUAAAA